AUGGCCAACUUACUUGGAGGAGUCAUCAACACUUUUGAGGGUGUUGUUGACGGAGUGGGGCAGGUCGCUCAAAUUGUCAUAGGCAGUGCCGCAAGGACAGUAGAGCAUGCGGUUGGCACAGCGGUGGAGGCGGGUAAAGUCGUCUCGACUGUUCCGUUUACAUUCGUCAUAGACCGCAUCGGGCACGAAAGCGCCAUCUUCAGGACUGCGACGGGGAUAUUCAAAGAAGCUGACGAUGAGCCCCGCAAAGGGCUGAUCAACGAAGUCUUGAUACGAACUCAGGGCCUAAUCGCUCUGGAAACAUUUCUCGAAGCUGCUCAUUGCUCGCGUCUCUGGUCAAUUCGAUACGCGUCCGGUGGUACGGGUAGCUGGAGAUGUUGCCACGUUGGCACUGGGUUUGCAGACUCCGCAACAAACAAAUCAAUCAAAUAUCGCCUGCUGUAUUUGAUUGUCUGGUGA